AUGGCUGUUCAGCUGCCUCAAGAAGAGCUAGGCACAGCUAUAGGAGUGCUCGUCUACUCCUUGUUCUGCCUAGCAUGUAGUAUUGUCAUGGCAUGGCUGGUGUAUGCCCAUCGUGAAGGCCUCAGCUAUGUCGCUCUGGUAUCAUAUCUCACAGGCUUGUCGACGGCCGCUUCUGUCGCCCAGCAAAUUCACACGAUUGUACGAUGGAGAGAUAUCAAGCUUGCACAGUUCGAGCACUUGACCGCCCAUGUUGGCAAUCCUGAACUUGCCAUCGCCGGCCAGGCAACUGGUCUUGACCUUGUGCUUUUCUACAUUCAAUUCUACAGCUACAACGUUGAAGCAGUCCUGACCUUCUUUUGGGCUCUCGCUCUUACUCAGUCUAUCUUUCAGUUGGAGCCCGUCGUCAAGUCCACCCGCAAACGAGCGAACUAUAUUGCCAAAGCUACGGCUGUUUUGCUGCCGGCGAUUUUGAUGGGGAUCCUGCGACUCGAGGUUGUCCAGAAGCAGACAGUACCCUUCCUGGUCUUGGCUGAUGGUAUCAUGGGUUUCUGUCUGAGCGGCAGCGGAAUUCUGCUCAUCGUCAUCUUGGUCAAAUACGUCCACACGCGCCGAAACCUUCUUUCUUGGAAAGUUCAAUACGGUCAACGCUCGAACAGCACGAAGAGCAGUGACACGCUCGUCUUUGAUAGCGGAAGGGAAACCCACCGCCGAAGCAUCUACGACAGAUGGCUAGUAGUACGGUUCAGCAUAGCUUUCGUUGCGUUAGCCAUCUUUCAGGUCGUCACCAUUCUGUUUCAAGUUUCGGCCGCAAAACAAAUUUCCCGCGACUCUGCGAGCAAGAGCCCGGACCUCAGCACGGAACGACUGCAUCUGGAUCUCAUACUUUUUCUGCCCGGUGUGUCCGCUAGCCUGCUGACAUUUGUCGUUUUUGGCACAACCAAGACGUUUCGAGAUUAUCUGGUGGCACGGCUCAUUCCGAGGUGGCUCCGCGAGAAGAGUAGGAGGACGAGCAACCAGGCGCAACGACGCAAUACUCGCACCCGAAUGUCGCAAGCGUUUUCUGCGAGGAGGAAGAGCAUAACGUAUCCGCCACGAAUUUCCUUGACGCCGUAUGUUGUGGACAACGCCGGUCUGUACACACCCACGGCCGAUGGGAAUGGGAUUCAGCUGAGGGAGUUGAAUAUCGAUGGGUCGAGAAAGGUCGCCGAGGACGACCGGUGGCCCCUUGUUGGCUCUGAUACGUCUGAGGCGUCUGAUGGGCCUGCGAAACCUGUAAAUUUGUAUUUGUACCCGAAACAGUAG